GUGGAAAAAAAACUUUCUUUGGUCUUAUUUAAUGCUUGAGUAUAAGCGUUGACCCUGAGAAUGCAAAUGCUAUUUACCUUAAUUACAUAAAUCAAAAGAAUAUUUUUAUUGGGGAAUGACCUAAGUUGCAUAGGGCAAUAGUUCAAAACAUACUUCUUUCAAGUAGCUACUGAACAAUGCUUGCAGCAUACAUCUAAGUUUACAUUAUUUUAUGCUUUUGGUUUGUAUUUUUGUUUUUGGCUGGGAACUGGCAUUCUGUCUCCAUAGUUUAUUCCCUGACAGCGGAUUUCCCAAAUCAGAGAUUAAUGUAUUGAAGAUUGAGAAAUGUAUCACCUCUUUUUAUGAGCAAAGUAGACUGAACAAACCUUCUCAAGAAGAUUGAGCAGCCAUUUUGAACAGUGGCAGAGAAGUCAUGAGAGGAUGUAGUGAGAAGGAUCCUAUUCCAGUGGAGAUUUUAUUUGUGCAGUUCCUUUUGCAAACUUUUGCUCAUUUGGUAUUUAAGAGAUUCCCUCAUUCUCUGGAGUUGAUUUCUGGGAAGUCUUAGUGGGCUUUAAACCAUGUAGACAGGAAGAGAAGGAUUAGUAGAAUGAACCACUUUCACUGCUUGUUACAACCCUGAUUUCUUUGGUAUGUGCUUCCAUGAGAACGUCUGCCUAAAAUGCCACAGUUGUACUUAUAGUUGGUAUAUUUAGUUUUCUGAAAGAAAAGAAACAAUUGUUUUAGGUCUGCUUUUGAUGCUUCAUAGAUGUGAAAUUGAGUCUGUAGCUAAGGGUUGUAAGGAAGCCAAACCAAGACAUAGAUGUGUGCUGUGAUUUUGGUGCUCUUAUUGGUAUGAAAUACAUUAAAAACUUUUUAAGCCAAGUCCUGUGUAUGUUAUUGCAUUAAUUUUUGUAGAAGCUCCUGAACAUUAAUACCAUUUCUUUUUCCUAUGAGUUCAGUUGCAAUAGCUCAACUUGAGAAUUUUACAGUGUUGCCUUUUUUUUUUUGGUUGAAGUAGUACAAAAUGUCAAAAAUUAGAAGGAAGGUCACAGUGGAAAAUACCAAGACCAUAUCUGAUAGCACAUCCAGAAGACCCAGUGUAUUUGAAAGACUUGGACCCAGCACUGGAAGUACUGCUGAGACACAGUGCCGUAACUGGCUGAAGACUGGCAACUGCCUCUAUGGGAACACAUGUAGAUUCGUACAUGGCCCUUCACCACGAGGUAAAGGCUUUAGCAGCAGUUACAGAAGGUCACCAGAAAGGCCUACAGGGGAUCUUCGAGAAAGAAUGAAGAAUAAGAGACAAGAUAUUGAAACAGAACCACAGAAACAUAAUACAGAAGAACAGUCUUCCCCUGCGAGGAAAGAGUCCUCAAGAGGAAGGCACAGGGGGAAGGAAGAUAUUAAAAUUACAAAGGAGAGGACUCCAGAAAGCGAAGAAGAAAAUCCUGAGUGGGAGACAAAUAGAGACGAUUCUGAUAACGGAGACGUUAACUACGAUUAUGACCACGAACUUUCUCUGGAAAUGAAACGCCAGAAGAUCCAGAGAGAGUUAAUGAAGCUUGAAGAGGAAAACAUGGAGAAAAGGGAAGAAAUAGUAAUUAAAAAGGAGAUUUCUCCAGAGGCUGUUGGAUCAAAGUUAUCAUCCUCACCGUCACCAAGAAAAUCUAGCAAAUCUCCAAAACUAAGAUUGAGCCCCAAAUCUUCAUCAACUGUUAGUAAGAGGGAAAAGAAGACUUCUGCAGUUUCUUCACCCCUCUUGGACCAACAGAGGAGCUUGAAAGGCAACCACAAUAAAAAGAAAGGCCCUCGUACACCUAGCCCACCUCCACCAGCGCAAGAGGAGAUCGCCCAAGCAAAAAAGCAUAAGGAAAAACAUAAAGUUAAAGAACGGUUGGAAGAGAAACCAAGAGAGGCAAAAGAGAGAGGCCGUGACUUAGAAAGACAUAAUAAAGAAAAAAAGGAGAAGCAAAGAGAUACCUCAGAAGGUUCCCAUAGACAGAGACGUUCACCUAGUCCAGAAGAACAUUCUGGGAGUAAUUCUUCUCCUUCAAGAGAAUACUCCCCAUCUACAAGGAGAAGGCAGACGUCUUGGGCUCCAACUAAGUCAAGCAGCCAUAAGCAUUCUUUUUCACCAUCUUGCAGAUCUGCUUCACCACCAACUCAGCAUCAUUCCCCUGUGUCUUCAAGACAUCACUCCUCUUCAUCUCAGUCAGGUUCUUCUAUUCAGAGACGUUCUCCUUCCCCACGUCACAAAAGAACUCCUUCCCCCCCUUACAAAAGGACAACUUCCCCACCUGCAGGUCGUUCCUCUUCCCCUUAUGCCCACAGAGCUUCACCUUCUCCUCAACAAAAGCAGACCUCUUCAAGGCAUCGUUCACCCGUUCGAGAGAAGAGCCGAACUGAUCGUGAGCGGGUUUCACAAUCACAUGAUCGGCGCCAUGAAAGAAGGGAUGAGACUAGAGGAAAAAGGGGGAGAGAGAGAGAUAACAGAGAUGAACGGGACUAUGACCAGGAACAAAGUACCCCCAGGGAUCACAGAGAUGAACGAGAAUCUCGAGACGGACGAGAUCGAAGGGAGACUCGAGAUAACAGAGACCGAAGGGAUCCAAGAGAAUCCCGGGACACUCGAGACUCACGGGAGAUUACCCGAGAUUCAAGAGACUGUAGCCGAGAUGCUAAAGAAAGUCGGGAUCAGCGGGACCAGCGCUCCACACGGGAUACGAGUGACUACAGAGAGAGAGAGAGUCGGGACACCCAUAAAAAGGAAGAACAAUAUUUGGAGGAAUCCCGUAGCUAUGGAAGAAGCCAUGGCAGAGAAGAUGGUUCUCGUGCUGAAACCAGGACAGACUCAAGGAAUGACACUCGAAAUGAAUCCAGAACAUCUGGAAGAAGUAGAGGGAGAGUUCCUGAAUUAUCAGACAAGGGUAGUAGAGGCACAAGGGGAUCUCAGUCUGACAGCCACAAUACUAGUAGUAGCUACCAUGACAGCUGGGAAUCACGGAGCAAUUAUCCUGAGAGGGAUCGCUAUGAAAGCCGGGAGCAUGCAAGGGAUUCUUCCUUUGAGAGAAGACAUGGAGAACGGGACAAGCGUGACAACAGAGAGAGGGAUCAGAGAGCAAAUUCACCAGUACGACAUCAAGGAAGAAAUGAUGACCUUGAACGUGAUGAAAGACUAGAAGAGCGGAGAGUAGAUAGGGGUGAAGAUAGAAGGGAUGAAAGACCAAGAGACAGGGAGAGGGAACGAGAAAGAGAUAGAGAAGCAGAACGUGAUCGUGCCCGUGAACGAGAACGUGAGAGAGAAAGAGAGAAAGACAGGGAACGGGACAGAGACCAUGAUAGAGACAGGGAGAGAGAACGCGAACGAGAAAGAGAAAGGGAACGAGAGCGGGAACGGGAAAGGGAACGAGAGCGGGAACGAGAAAGAGACAGAGGAAGGGAAAGAGAAAAGGAAAGAGAGCGACAGAGAGAAUGGGAUGAAAAAGAGAAAGGAAGAGAGGAACGCAGGGAUAAGAGAGAAGAUGUCCGGGAAGAUAGAAGUGCAAGAGAUAGCCGUGAAGAUAGGAAGUCAAAAAAACGUCACAGAAAUGAAAGUAGCCCCAGCCCACGCAAGUCACCCAAGCGUCGCCGUGAGCAUUCACAUGAUAGUGAUGCCUACAAUAGUGGAGAUGAUCAAAAUGAAAAGCGGAAAUUGCCAAGUCAGGUUGUACGACCGCAGGAAUCACGCUCGCUUAGUCCUUCACAUCUUUCAGAAGACAAGCAAAGCCGGUGGAAAGACAGUGACCGAAAGCCAGAGAGAAAGGACAGCUCUAGACAUUACGAAGAAAGUGAUUUCAAAGAGCGAGCAACUUCUGGGGAGAAACCACGAGAGCAGCGAGAGAUUAAUGAAAGUUCAAGGAGCAAAGGCCAAGAGACUGUGAGUAAUCGGGCUUCUGAAGAACGAGAGACAGCCGAUCACUUGCAUGAGGAAAAGAAGAAAGCUAAAGUGCAAAAAAAGACUGCAAAAAAGAAAAAAGAAGAUGACGCUGGGUUGGAGCGCUAUGUCAGUGAGCCCGCUCCAGAGAAGACUCAAGUCUUUUCUCCCAAAAAAGUUCAGAAAAAGAAAAAUGCUGAAAAGAAACGCAAGAGAUCAAAAGGAGAUUCUGAAGCUUCUGAAGAAGACAGUAGUUCACACCAGAAAAAGAAAAAAGGCCCAAGGACACCACCUGUUACCACAAGGGAGGAGUUGGUAGAAGUCGUGCCUGAGAAAGCUGUAAUAGUGGAAAUUCCUCCUAAAAGGGAAGAAACCACAUUCAGUGACUGGUCAGAUGAAGAUGUUCCAGAGCGGGGAGAACCUGUUCCAGAAAGAAGUUCUGAGGAACCUCAUAGAAGUAGCCACCGCACAAGAGCUGAAAAUGUGGAAACUCCUCAUGUUGUUGAAGAUCCCCCACGCAUCAAACCUGCUGAACAGAAGCGAAGUAGCAGUCUUUGCAGCAACCGAAGCCGUACCUCAAGCAGACUCCGUUCGCCCUCCAAUGAUUCUGCACAUCGCAGCGGAGAUGACCAGAUUGGUUUGAAGAAGAUCUUGCACAGCAGUUCUAGUGACAGAGAGAAAAGAUGCCUAGAAAUUGCUGGAGAGAGAAAAUCAAGAAUUGAUCAGCUAAAACGAGGUGUUCCUAGCCGCAGCACUUCUUCAGAUCGACAAGAUUCUAGAAGCCACAGUUCAAGGCGAAGUUCUCCUGAAUCAGAUCGUCAAGGCCAUUCCCGAUCUGGGUCGUUUGAUAGUCGGGAGCGAAUUCAGGACAGAGACAGACAUGACCAUGAUCGUGAACGGGACCGAGAGCGUCGUGAUGGUCGGACGAGAGAUUGGGACCGAGAAACAGCAAAAGACUGGUUGAGGAGCAGAGACCGGGACAGAAUUCGGGAUCGUGAUAGGCAGCGGGAGAAGAGGAGAGAUACAGACCGUGAAAAGGAGAGGCCUCCUCCUGAGAACUCUGAAAGAGACCGAGGUGUUAGUGCUUCCUCUCAAACAGAAUUAUCCAAACACAGUGAAACAAAACAAGCCAAAGAGCGUCAAGAGUUUGAGUCGAUCUGUCUGGACUCGACUUCCCUAGAGAAAGAGAGGCAGGAAAAAGAUGCAGGACCAUUGCAAGGCAUUGAAGAUGGAGCUGAAGGUGAAAAGACAGAAAACAUAGAAGGUGGAGAUGAUGAAACCAAAAUAGAUGAUAUGCAGUCAAUGGGAUCUGGCGCUGGAGAAUAUGAGCCAAUCAGCGAUGAUGAACUGGAUGAAAUUUUGGCAGGUGAUUCUGAAAAAAGAGAGGAUCAGCAGGAGGAUGAGAAAACGCCAGAUCCUGUAGAUGUCAUAGAUGUGGACUGGUCCAGUCUUAUGCCAAAACAGCCAAAGGAGCCACGGGAGGCUGGAGCUGCUCUCUUAAAAUUUACUCCAGGUGCUGUUAUGUUGAGAGUGGGCAUUUCCAAACAAUUGGCUGGCCCUUCACUCUUCAGCAAAAUUAAGGAGACAUGCCAGAGAACAGUGGAAAAACCAAAAGAUGCCGAUAACCUAUUUGAGCAUGAAUCGGGAGCCCUGAACAUGGCUGCCUUGCUGCGAAAGGAGGAGCGAGCGGGUCUGCUGCGCAACCUGGGCCCUUGUUGCAAAGCCCUGUGCUUCAGGAGAGAUUCUGCAAUUCGCAGGCAGCUGGUGAAAAACGAAAAGGGCACAACAAAACAAACCUACACAAAUCCUCCAGUAGUGGACAAUGAGUUACUGCGAUUGAGUCUACGGUUGUUUAAACGCAAGACUAUGCAUCCAGCUUCUGGACAAGAAAAGACAGAGGACUCUAAACUCUCACAGCCGUAUGUUCCAGAAAUAUGCAUGUCCUGAGCCACCCCUUUGGUCUUCUCACUGGUUGUAUCAGAAUGUCCAUCUUUGUUCCUUUUAAGUAAGACAGUACUGUUCAUUUUGCAUUGGAACAGUUUGGUUAUAAUAAGCCAAAAUUCUUUCAAGUUCUGACUGAUCAAGAAUAAGCAGGCAUGCUCCUAGCAGGAGCAGUUGAACAAACAGGGAACCUUAUCUCUGCGUUUGGUUACUUUUAUGUCUAAUCCAGGAGCAUUUUAGCUUCUGGUUUCCUAACAAGCAAGAAUCUGAAGCUGCAGUUUGUUCUUGGCGUAAGAUUAUAGCUUUUUAAGGAGAUUAAAAAAUCAGAAAUUCUGGUUUGGAUCUAACAUGAAGCACACCAUGAACAGAGUUUCCUCCCGUGAUGGCACAAGGAGCCAAACAAAAGCUAUUAGAUGGCAAGGUCUGAGACGCUUCCCUGUUCUUCCUACACCCAAAUUCUGAAGUGUUCUGCUAUCAUUACAUUGAAUAUGGCCCAGUGGAUGGAUUGUGAGAUGGAAGAGCAAAGAAGGUAUUAGGUUAAAAAAUGUGAAGACCAGCCUGUCUGUUUUGCAGCAUGUUUUAUAACAUUGAGUUCUAACCAUGGAUCUUAUUUAAUAAAUCACUUUUAUGUAAGUGUGAAAAUGUCCAUUUUGGAAUUAUGUUUUAUCACCUGCUAUUAAAUUUUUAAGAAGAAAAUA